CGGGGACAGCCGUUUCCAGGGAGCAAGGCACCGCGCCACUGCCACUGCCACCACAUCUCCAACAAGCCCAGCACUGGCCCGAGGCCACCAGGUCUCGCGCGUGCGCCUCCAGAUGUCGGCUUCUCCAUGACCGACCUGUCUGUAGUCCUGCCCGGCUUCCCUGUCCAGCGGUUUGCCAACCUGCUCCCCGCCCUGGACAAGCACCUCAUCACCACCACAGACCUCAUCACCCUCGAUGUCCCAGAGCUCGGCAAGCGCACCCAGCUGCCUCUGCUCGACCUCAAGCGCCUGUGCAAUGCCGUCCUCGCUGCUCUUCACGCCGACCUCGGUGUGGCAGGUCCGCAGCCAGAUAAGAGCACCGGCUUGAGACGCAAAGGCUCCGAGAUACCCGCCUCGCUUGGCUUCCUCAGCGUGCUCGACACCAACCUGGAUUCUGCCCUCGGUGGCGGAAUCCCAGCAGGCUACAUCACCGAGAUCACAGGCGAGAGUGGUGCCGGCAAGACCCAGUUCCUUCUCACCCUCUUGCUCACGGUGCAGCUCCCUGCCCCUCAUGGCUUAGGACGACCUGCCCUCUACAUCUCGACCGAGGCUCCGCUCUCCACCAAGAGACUGUCCCAGAUUCUGAAUGGCCACCCGUUCUUCAAGAACCUUGGCCCUUCCGAGAGGCCCUCGCUCGACAAUGUCAUCAGUGCCGUGACACCAGAUCUCGAAUCACAGGACCACAUUUUAUCCUUUCAGGUCCCCGUCCUUGUCGCUCGUCACAAUAUCGGGCUGAUCAUCCUCGACAGUGUGGCAGCAAACUACCGCGCCGAGUUUGAACGUGGGAGUGGCGGCUCUAACCUGGCUACCCGUGGCAACGAUCUCAUUCGGCUCGGCCGGCAGCUCCACGACCUUGCACGCGAGCACAAUCUCGCCGUCGUGGUUGCCAACCAGGUCGCCGACCGCUUCACUAGUGCAGCAGCUGCCGCAAUGGGACCGCGCAGCAGUCUCAUGGCCUCAGCACAGAACAACACCAGGCAGUCUCAGGAUAGCCCUCUCGCAUCACGCAGCUACCAGCCAGCCGGACCACUUCCUACUGCCGAGCCAACCAGCAGCAUGGCGGAAGCCGCGAUGGCGGUUCGCUCAAGCAUGCCAGAGCCGAUGCCCGAAGAAGGCCCGCCUGCGCCGCCAGCUCUGCUCCUUGACCAUCAGCAGCGAUGGUUCACUGGCUGGGGCGACGAACUCUACCACGUCAACGGGCUGAAGACGCCCAGUCUGGGGCUGGUAUGGUCGACUCAAAUCGCGUCCCGGAUUGCACUAUACAAGCGACCGGUGUACGGGAGGAAGCAGGUCGUCGAGGACGAGGAGGUAGGAAGCGCCAUGCUCAAGAUGUGGAGGCGCUGGAUGAAGGUCGUCUUUGCCCCACAUGUUGCGCCUUCUGGGCCUGGCUUGUCCACGGCGGUCGAGUUUGAGAUCACGAUGGAGGGUCUUAGGACCGUAGACAAGUCGAAGAGGAAGAAGAAGCGCGCAGACGAUGCCGAAUCAUGAGCGCUUCCCGUGUAAUGCUGAGCGCUCUGACCUUGAAUAUUAUCAAACACGAUUGACCGUGGAUCAAUAUGCGCGCCAUCCGUGAUGGAGCA